UACAAGAAUCAUCUAAAUGCCAAAUUUUUAUCUACAGCUCUAGGAAACAUCUAUAAUGGUUUCCAUCUUGCUAAAAUCUACUCAAUUCGCCUUCAAUUGCAUCCCAAAAUCAAACCUCAAUGUACACAAAAGCCCUAAUUUCACUUGGUUAUCUUCGGUUUCGCCAAAAUCAAAGCUCAGAAGCAAUUUUACAGUUACGGUGGUGGCGAAGAAGGAAAAUAAACCCAAGAAAAAGAGAAAAGAUGACAGCCAUAGCUUCGCCUCCACGCCCGAUGAAGCCACUGGCCCUUAUCCCGAAGCCGUGCUUCUCAAACAGAGGAGUGUUGAAGAAGAUGGUAGGCUUAUGCCGGAGUUUGCCGAUGUCGAAGAGCGUGAACUCUUUGAGGCUUUAAAUCUGCUGCUAGAGAGUGAUACUAAUGUAGAUCAAAUGCGACAUUAUGAAGUCGUAUAUCUUAUCCAUGAGGAUUACAAAGACGAGGUUGAGAAUGUGAACACCAAAGUUCGAGAUUUCUUGGAGGAAAAGAAGGGCAAAGUUUGGAGAUUCGGCGACUGGGGCAUGCGUAGGCUGGCAUACAAGAUAAAGAAAGCGAAGAACGCCCAUUACAUUCUCAUGAACUUCGAGGUGGAAGCGCAAUGGAUAAAUGAAUUCAAGAGCAUGCUAGAUAGAGACGAGAGGGUCAUCCGACACCUUGUGAUGAAGCGAGACGAGGCUGAGACGGAAGACUGUCUUCCACCUCCUGAGUUCAGUACACUGCGCGCUGACAUGGUUGAUGAUGAUACAGACGAGGAAGAAGAGGAGGAAGAGGAGUAUGAUGAUGAAGAAGAUGAGCAAGGUAUUAUAUAUGUGAAUGAUGUAGAAGAAGAGAAUAAUAGCUCUGUUAGAAAUACGGCAAAGCCUCAGAAAGUGGGCAGAUAGAUGGUCUUACUGUAACCUUCAUCCUGUUAUUUUUGGGCUUGUAAAAGUUAGUUAUAAACAGUUUCUUUGUGUAAUUUAAGAGCAGUAGUUGACAUGACUGAGAGAUGAAAAUUCUA